GGUUAAAUUGAAGCUUCCAAAAUUGUAUGGAGCUCGUCAGUAGAGAGAACGAGGCAUUCUUUUUAUAAUAAAUUGGCUUAAAAUGGCUUCUAGACUGCCAACUUAUGCAUUCCGUUCAUACAGAAGCAUUCUUCAACAACCACCGCACAUUUCGCAGACAUAUCGACAUUCGUUCCGAUCACAAUCUCUCUUAAAAUGGUCAACACGAGCAUAUUCAACUCCCCCACCACCACAGCCCAUAAAUCAUAACAAUAAUGCUACUUCCGAGCCUUCAUCUCAAUCGAAACCCCAACACCGGGAUCUGCGAUCUCAAUUCUCUUCUGGACCCGUCGCACCAAUACCCUCGCCUUCAUCUCCCAAACGAAAACGAUCCCUCCGUCCCACAAUCUAUGCCUCUCUUUUCCUCCUAAUCGGACUUACAACUGGACAAUAUGUCUCGCUUGUCCUAUCUCCCCCUGCACUCCCCGAACCUUCUUCUCCCUCGGACGAACUCAUGACCUCUUGGUUACACACGCAGGCUUCAAAGAUCCCACUGGUACAAUCUCUGACCGAGGAUCCCGUUUGGCAAUCUUGGGAUGCCUAUUCCACAUUCACACCUGAAGAACGUCCGCAUCGACUCACUACGGGUCCAUUGGGAGGAUCUAGGUCGAUAGGCGGGUACCAACGAGUAUUUCAUAAUUCUACCACAGGAGAGUUCAUAUCGAUUGUAUACUUAGGAGGAGCGUUAGGGGGAUGGCCUGGCGUGGUGCAUGGAGGUCUCAUAGCGACAAUUAUGGAUGAAUCACUGGGAAGAUGUGCGAUCAGACAAUUGGCCGCGGGAACAGGUGUCACUGCUCAAUUGUCGUUGCAAUAUUUGAAGCCAAGUGUUACCAAUGCAUUCUACGUAGUGAGAUGCAAUCCAGUCAUAGGAGAGGAGGGAGGUGGAGAAAGAAAGAGAUGGGUAGAAGGACGUCUAGAGACAUUAGAAGGGAGAGUUUGUGUAGAGGCAAAGGGUUUAUUUGUCGCGCCGAAGAAUUAUAAAACGAGGGUAAUCACAUCGGGCUUUUAAGAAACACCCAGCAUGUGGAAUGUUUAGAUGGAAUGCAGGGUGUUUAUGAGCACUGACUGGCUACGCUUAGAAAUAACCACGGGUUGUCAGAAUACGAACCAAUUCAUCGAAAUGUUGAGGGGUCUUCUCGAAGCUCACUCUGAAAUACUCGUAGGUCGAGAGUAAUGAUAAAUAACUCCAAACUACCAACCAAUAUGAAGACUCAACAAAAGAUCUAGUAUCUUCGCUUUACAAAAUGGUUUUAGUUCUCUAAGAGAGAACAGUCUUUUACUCUUAAAAUACCAGAGGGCUGGUAAGUUUGUCAUCGAUUAAUAAGAAGACUUACCGCAUUCAUGUAUUGCUCAAUUCAUGACCGCUUUUAUAUUCUCUACACGUUAUUCACUCAUGCCCAAACCCAUGUGCAAUUUCAGUGAUAUUGGUGAAGCA